ACGUCGGGCCCCUGCCUUUCUGAGCCCUUGUCAUGGCACUCCCCAAUGACUCCUGGCAGAACACCUCAGCCCCUCUCUUCACAGGCCUCGACUUCUUGCUGGAGCUUAAGCCGCUCUUCAUCCCUCUCUACGCCACCUUGGUGGCUGUGGCGUGCAUGGGGAACCUCUUCCUCAUUCUCCUCAUCGCUCUCACCAAAAAGCUGCACUGCACCACCAAUUUCCUCAUUGGCAACCUGGCAGCGGCUGACUUUGUCAUGUGCCUGGCCUGCGUCCCUCUGACUGUCUCCUAUGCCUUCGAGGUGCGGGGUUGGCUUUUUGGAAUGUUCAUGUGCUACUUUGUCACUCUGAUGCAGGCCACCACCGUGUUUGUCUCAGUGCUGUCCCUCACCGCCAUCGCCAUCGACCGCUACAUCGUCGUGGCCUACCCCAUCCGCCGAAGGAUAAGCCGCAAGUCCUGUGCCUGCAUCGUGGCCUGCAUCUGGCUUCUCUCCAUCCUGGCCUCUGUUCCCACCUCGCUGCACACACAGUACUUGGAUCUCAACGCCAUCGGCCAUGACAUGAUCAUCUGCGAGGAGUUUUGGAAGCACAAGGAGAGGGAGCGGCUGCUGUACUCGUGUCUGAUGCUCCUCUUGUCCUACAUGCUCCCACUGCUGGCAGUAUCAGUCUCCUUCUGUGCCAUCUCCUACCACCUGCAGAAGAGGAGCAUCCCGGGAGCUGCCUACCCAUGCCAAGACAAGUGGAGCAAAACGAAGCAGAAGACUUUCCGGGUGCUCACCAUCUCGGUGGUUUGCUUUGCUGUCUGCUGGCUGCCCCUCCAGGUGGUCAACUUCAUCAGAGACAUUGACGAAGAGUUCACCAUCCUGGACAAGAGAUACGUGAACGUCAUCCAGGUCUCAUGCCACCUGAUUGCCAUGAGCUCCACCUGCUACAACCCCUUCAUCUACGCCUCUCUCCAUGACAAGUUCCGCUUCCACCUCAGCAGUUACUUCUACCGCAAGAAGAAGAGCUCCAGCACUGUGUCCUACAAGGCAUCUCGGUUCAACACCUGCUCCACCCUGGGAGAUGCCCCAGCUGGACUCUCGGAUAAGAUAGCUUUGCAAACCAGAUUCUCUUAGCUGAACUUCCCCUACAGGCUUGCUCUUGGGCCUGGAUGUAGAUGUUUGUGCCUGGCAGGGAGAGCAAGCACCACGGAACCAAGUGAAGGGAUGUCUGUCCUCAAGUAGCAGCUCUUCUGAGCAGCACAAGGACAUUUUAUUCCUUGACACAGAGCACACCAGCACAACAACAACAUAUACCACAACCAUGUGAAAAUAGAAUAAUCUUGAGCAGGAUUUACCUGCUGGCCCCCAUAGAGACACAAUGGGCACUGGUGGGUGUUUCUACCUGGUCUGACUCAAGAAUCAGUGCCAAUGAAACAGCUUUCACUUGCCUUGUUGAAAUAGAACAACGUAUAUAUAUCUGGAUUCAGAACUGGGUAUAUAAUUGGUGUGAUGGUAACCAAUUAUUGUUCCAUAAACCUCAGUUCUCAGAAAUGCCUACACACAAUGACACAGUCAAAAUCUGCCCAAAUACGAGUGCUCGCUUCGUGUGCAAGGAGAAGUGCUCAUGCUGUACCACUGGUUGUGCAGCAAGGCUGGGGAUGGGGUAUAUACACACACUAGAUUUCCAAUCACAGCUCACUAUGCCAGGGGACUGGUGCUGUAUUUGUAGCACAAAGACCUUGUGGUGUAUAUAGGGGUGGGCAAGAUGUUGGGUGCAUUUAAAGAAGUCUUUGGAGUACACGUUGUCAUUCUGUAGAAUACAGAUUGUUCCUAAGCAACAGAUAGCAUUUUCUGCCUCUGGAGGAACACCAGCUCUUCCAGGCAGCACUUAAAGAGCUGUCCAUUUUUUUGUUUAAAUUGCAGUCCAUUGGUGUAAGGACAAUAUAGAUUCAGAAGUGUGCAUUCUUCUGCCAGCUAGCAUGUAGGGCACACUGCCACAGCUUGUGUUGAGUGUGGGACUUCCAUCAUCUACUUGUCCUUCUGAGUAACCUCAUCCGCAUAACUUCAUAGGAUAGUCCCAGUUUCUCCAGCCAGAAGUGUGCAGCCAAACAAGAUGGGGCAGACAGGGCUCAAGGUAAUGCACUAGGUGAUAAGAAAGGUAUCAAGCUGUAUGCUUGCUGAGGAAGAAGUCCCAGUCUCCACUCAGAGUGAUUUAUAUGCAGAGAAGUCAUAUGCUCUUCUUGGGCAGGGAUGGGAAUCCUGCUCAUGGGCUACUCUGACCCCAAAACUGCUGAAUAAAUUGUGGGUUGGACUCUGGUGUCCCCAGAUGUUGGUUGGACCUUAAGAGCCUCAGGCAACAACCUGCUGUUGGCUCACCUUACUGCUGAGACCUUCACGGUCCCAAUGGCCAUUCUGGAACAGGAGACAGAAGCCCAUCAAACACAACACUGCUCACUCUGUUGGCUUCUUGCAGCUUUCUUGUAGCUACAUAGGGUCGUGCUUAGGACCAAGGCUGAAGUAUUUGUGCUGGAGGAGCAAAG